UCAUCGUCAAGCAUCAGUAUGAAGCAAGCAGCGAAUGAAAUUAGUCUUAUACCAACCGGCUUAUAAAACUGGUCUUCAACUCGCUAAUCAAAACAAACGCAAUAAGAAUAACAAUUCCGUGCAAUCUAAAGAUAACAAAUACUGUGGAUAGAAUGAGUUUAAACGAUCUAAUCAUCAAUACUAAGUAUGGCCCGGUGAAGGGUGCGAAGAAGCAAUCUCUCCUAGGACAGGAAUAUGUCAGAUUUCAAGGAAUACCGUACGCCAAAGCCCCAGUUGGUGAGCUAAGAUUCAAGGCCCCAACCAUUCCUGAUGAAUGGACGGAAAUCUUGGAUUGCUCGGAGCAGUGCCAGCCUUGUUUUCAUUUUGAUCGCCGUAUUCAAAAAAUUGUUGGUAGCGAGGAUAGCUUAAAAAUCAACGUUUUUACUAAAGUGAUUGACACAUCCAAACCUUUACCGGUUAUGGUAUAUAUCUACGGUGGUGGAUUUACUGAAGGAACCAGCGGAACCGAAUUGUAUGGACCAGAUUUCCUAUUACAAAAGGAUAUUAUCUUAGUAACGUUCAACUACCGUGUCGGGGCUUUAGGAUUUCUCUGUUGCCAAUCACCAGAGGAUGAUGUUCCCGGUAAUGCUGGUCUUAAGGAUCAGAACAUGGCUCUUAGAUGGACAGUAGAAAAUAUAGCCGCAUUCGGUGGUGAUCCACAGCGGAUUACACUGGUUGGCCACAGUGCUGGAGCCUGCUCAGCGCAAUAUCAAAUGAUUUCCAAAGCGUCGGAGAACCUUUUUCAUCGAGCCAUUAUUAUGUCUGGUAGCAUCUAUUGUGAUUGGGCACUAUCGCCGCAAAGAAGCUGGCCUGAAAGAUUAGCAAAAGCCAUCGGUUGGGAUGGGCAAGGUGGAGAAUCUGAUGCACUAAAGUACUUGCGUACGGUCAAACCGGAAGAUAUCAUCAGUAAUCAGGAACUUCUUUUCGAUGCACAAGACAUUCAAGAUGGAAUUCUCACUGCUUUUGGACCCACGAUUGAACCGUUUGAAACACAAAACUGUUUCAUUCCAAAGUGUCCAUUGCAAAUGGCUCGAAAGGCAUGGAGCAACAACAUUGAUCUUAUGAUUGGUGGUACAUCUGAAGAAGGAUUGCUUUUGCUACAGAGAAUCAUUCCUCAACCCGAAGUUUUGCAUAACCCACAAUUGUUUAUGGGCAGCCUUCCAAACGGAUUAAAGAUAACUAUGGACCAAAGAACAGAUUUUGCUGCAAAAUUGAAACAGCUGUAUUAUCCUGAUAGUGAUCCAUCUUACAGCAACAAAGACGGAUAUGUUCAUAUGAUGACUGAUAAAGUAUUCUGGCAUGGUAUGCAUCGUACAAUUUUAGCAAGAGCAAACAACAAUUUGCCCUCUUCCACCUACGUUUAUCGAUUUGCUGUAGAUUCGGAGUUUUUCAACCACUAUCGAAUCAAAAUGAUACCAGAUCCACAGCUGCGUGGAACAUCGCACGUCGACGAACUUUCUUACUUGUUUUCUAAUUUCACUAAGGAUGUACCUGCGAAGGACACUUUCGAAUAUCGAGCGCUGCACACCUUUGUUGAUAUUUUUACCUCGUUCGUGAUCAAAGGUGACCCUAACUGCAGUUCGACGGCUGAACUAAGUUGGGAGCCAGUGAAGCAAACGAAACCAACGUUCAUGUGCCUUAACAUUAAUAAUGAUGGAAUUGCAUUUAUAAACUUUCCAGAUGCCGACCGAAUGAAUCUAUGGGACUCGUUUUAUGUUAACAAUGCUUUGUAUUAACUGUCGAUUUCUUUUCGACUCCUACUUGUUGCGGAUCAACAAUUUAGUUACCAAAAUCCAACGAAUAAAAUUAUCCCACUGAA